UACUUUUUGUUUUAAGUCAAUUUAGAAUUAUGGCUGCUUUAAUCUAAAUUUAGCUCAGAUUCGUAGCAAAUGGGAGUCGACUCUUCACCGAAAAGAGCCGACUCUUCCAAACGACACCACAGUAGUAUCCAAGCGAUAGUGUGCCACCUGAGAAGGUAAUAAUCUGUAUAACUUCUGUAUGGGAAAUUGUAUGAUUGUCUAUGGAUAUAAACUGGACUGCGAAUGAUUUCAUCUGAAAGUCUAAGAAUGCUGAUAUACAUCUAAAAUGACGAACGUCAGCUGUUUCCAGCGGCGUUUCAGACGCACCAUGCCAACAUGGAGAGGAAGCAGCAGCGAACUUGUCACAUCGCCAGUUCACUCUAGAGUCAACGGAUGGUCCUCACCACUUCAUGUUCUUCAGCCAGUGGCGUGGCUCAUAUACAGCUUCAUGGCCAUCGUAGGCUUUGGUGUUUAUAUCCCACUCCUGCCUCCACCCUGGAACUACAUUUCAUACGGAGUGAUGGGUACAGCCUUCGCCCUACACUUGUUGACUCAUCUGGCGGCGGUGACCACGGACCCGGCCGACUAUGCCCUGCGUUCGAAGAAGGAUUACUCCGUCCCUAUGCCCAUGUUCGACAGGAAGAAGCAACCGCAUGUCAUACACAAUCAGCACUGCAACCUGUGUGACAUUGAUGUGGGAUCUAAAGUGAAACACUGCGGCAGCUGCAACAAGUGCAUUGCAGACUUUGACCAUCACUGCAACUGGCUCAACAACUGUGUAGGAAGAAGGAACUACUGGCUAUUUUUUGUGGCCGUGCUUUCGGCUGCUUGCGGAGUGUUCCUCCUCGUCCUGGUCAUCGCCUUCGUCUUCAUCGAACACUUUGUGAAUCCUUCCAUUCUUCGUACAGCGACUGCUUUCCAAGCUGUUAACGGAAGCACGACAUGGUUAGCGUUCCUGCCCGUAGCACCAGUACAGACCAGUUCUGCCAGUCUCCUCGUGUUGGCUGUCAUCACUGUCAUCAUCGCACUCGCCUCACUCCUACUGCUGUGCCACUUACUGAUCUUCCACAUAUACCUGUUAUAUAAAGGCAUGAGCACCUAUGAGUACAUAAUGAAGCAGCGGCGGUCGCAGAGCUCCAGGCAGCAGGAGGAAGGAACGACACAGCCGUCUUCCUCUGACAGGACUACAUCUCAGAACCUUGGGCCGUUCAAGACGUCUCUAAGGUGUAAUGCACUGUUGUCUGGAAAAUCAAGUAUCUUCAAGUACCGAGACAGAGGAGGAUCAAUGGUCCCAAUAACCAUCUGUUCUCAGAAGAAACCUCAGUCUGCUGACGGAGAGAUUUGUACAAACUACGGUUCAAAUUCAGCAAUGCAAGUGAUACCAGGUGCAGCUCCAAGCGUUUGGGUGGGAGAUAGUAUGAAAGGGACGGAGAGAACCCCGACUGUACAAAGCGAAAAUCCUCUCAGCACCUCCAUCGUAGACCCCACUGAGGUUCAUCAGUAGCAUUUACACUGA